AAAAUAAAAUGGCUUCCGUCAGCAUGCUUCGACGAUUAUCAACAACGUUAUUUACGAGUAGUGGUCGUUCCGAGCCUGUUGUAUGUCUCUUGAGCAAGAGACUCCAGCCUUCAAAGUUAUGCAUUCUGAAGACUACCACGUUGCCUGAUAUUUUUGUAAGACCAAUGCAAAUGUCGACAAGCUAUAAAUUGAAGAAGAAACUGGACACAGAGGUUGCAGAUGAUCUAAAAGUAGAAUACUCGCCAGAUUUAGUUAAAGAACUUGUCGAAAAGAUGGAAGGAGACCUGCCAUUGAAAGACAUGCCAAACCCCUACACAAAGGAGAGGAAAAAAUGCUUGCUGUGUAAACACGACGUAGAGCUGGACUACAAGAAUACUCGUCUUCUCAGUCAGUUUGUGUCACCCUUCACUGGCAGGAUUUAUGGCCGGAAAAUCACCGGCCUCUGCAUCCCCAUGCAGCAGAGAGUGUCCAAGCUGAUCAAGAGAUCCAGAAAGUGUGGUUUCAUGCCAUUUAUAAUUAAAGAUGCCUCAUAUUUACAAGACCCCAAAUUGUUUGAUCCAUUCAAGCCAACCAGAUAGCAUCUAUACAAUAGUACUGAAGGAUAAUUCUGAAAAAUGUGUUACCAUAGAAACAUGCUCUGUGUGUGUUUAUAAAAACUGUUGGAAAUAUUCCUUCAGAAAUAUAUUACCAGCAUCUAACACUUGUUUUAUUGUAAUUGGAGUGGAUUACUAGUACUGCAUGUUGAAAUGGAUCCAUCUUUUGACAUUUGUGACAAGUAUCUUCAAAAUUUUAUGUAGAGGGUGUAUACAUACAGCCUAAAAAUUGUGAAAAUAUAUAACGUUUAUAAUUUUUUGUUUAUUGUUAUAUUAUACAAUUGGCAAAUAUUUGUCAUAUUUUUAUAUAAUUUUCACAAAACUAUUGGGCAUACAUUUUAAAGUCUGGAAGAAUCAAUUAUGCUUGAAAAAAAGUAUGGAAAUUUGUUUCGCGAAUCCUGAAUAUAGUAAAAUAUGAUCACCAGAGUGAUCCAUAUUUAUCACUAACACAUGUUUAUAAUUGGGGGUGGGGGAAUGGUUAAUGAUUUAAUGAAAGUACCAGUGGAAUAAUGUAAUCUUGUGAAUGGUACAAUGUUUACAACCCAUUUUGUUUAUUGUCUUAUGUGAUAAAAAUAAAUGUUAAAAAUAAUUAUUUUACAUUUUUUAAUUCUUGUUAUCCUGCAACCACCGUUUCUAUUGACAGAAUAUGAUGAUGGAUAAAGCAAAGUUGUAUCCGUAUAGUAACAGGAUAUGACUUUUGACAUUACUCAUGUGAUGUCACACGCAUAGCUAUAUUACAAAAUUGCUCGUCCUCUAGGUCAUCAUACAAUGUGGCUGAAAUAACAGAAAUAAUAGCUUGUCUCCUUAAUUUUUAUGGUCUGCAGGAUAACGAUAAUAACUAGUUAAUGACGUCGGAUAUCUGCUUUAUCCUGUUCAUGCUGAAUGAGAAAUUCCACUCAUCAGUACCUCGCUGAAUUCCCAUUCAUAGCUUCACAGGGUGAAACAAGAUAUUCGACAUCAUUAACUAGUUAUUCUCUAUUUAUGUAACAAGUGCUGUUGUAUAUGUUAUUAGUCCCGGCUAGUGCAUUUUUGGUCUGUGCUAGUGGAAAUUAUCAGCUGUUUUACUAUAAUAUAUAGAGCACUAGUCAAAGCUUGUGUGACGGCUAGUGACUUUCUUAAACAUUUGUCAAGAACAAUAAAAAUAAAUAUUCA